AUGAGGUUCGUGUCUUGGUCCAAUAAGAGUGGACCCUCGGGGCCACAACCAGAAGUAGCUUUGCAGCGACAGUCGGAACCGACACCGGAAGCCGGGAGCUCACGCCAUGACAAGCCCAAGCGGAAUCGGGCAUGCCAGCGAUGUAGGAAGGCCAAAAUCAGAUGCGAAAAGGCAGAUGCCCGCGAUGAGGUUGCGUGCAAGCGGUGCUCUAUUCACAACCUUGAGUGUAUCGUGGAAGUGAGUAUUCCAGGCAUACAAGUUGUUGGAGGGGGCUCGCGAGGUGUUGAUGCAACCCACAACUUAGACUCAAGAGGGCUGGCUGGGACUCAAGAAGGACAAGAGCAUGUCUUCGGAAUACCGUCGAACUCCAAAAAUCCAGAAACGAAAAAGACAAGCCCGGAUUUGCCAGAGAUCACGCAAAAACCGGACAGUCCGAAUGUCACAGGCUGGGAGAAUUCGGUCGAAAACCGGCUUCAGAAGUUUGAUACCGCACUGGACGAUAUCCUGGGCCUUUUAAAGGACCAGAAAAGAGAUGCGAAUCAUCAUGUGCAGUUGCAGCCGCCUCAGCCGCCUCAGUCUCAUCCCCAGCCCAAUCCUACGCAGCUGCCGUUCCACCCUUCUAUGGCAUAUCCUGCUUUGAGACCUCCUCUGAACGCACCAUUACAAUCACCUGGAUUACCCCAGCCGUAUCAAUACUUUGGGGUUCCACCGGGGCCCGCAUUUCCCUCGGCAAUUCCACCUGCGGAGUACCUGGCUCCUCCUACACUACCACCGAUAGCGAGCCGGAAGCGAGAGUUCGGACCCCAAGAUGCCCCGGAUCCAAAGAGGCCAGCGGUAUCAAAUAGCGGUCAGAAUAAGACCAAAGAGACCACCGAAUUGGACCGGAUAGACGAGACUACUGGGCUGGACCAGAUCCUGUCUCUCCAGGAGGCAGAAGAGCUGUUCAAGUUUUUCGAUAGCAACAUCACACCUCAGCUUUUUGGUUUCAGCAUUGCCAGCUACAAGGUUGAAGAGUUGUGGAAGUCGUCACCUCUUCUGGUUGCAACUGUCUGUUGCAUUGCUUCAAUGCACCACCAGAGAUUGGGCCAUCUGUCUGUGAAGUUGAACUCUCUUCUUCACGAGCUCACCAAACAAGUUUUGUUCAGCACACCCAAGGACGAAGUCGAGGGCUUUAACACCAUCAUUGCUCUGUGUAUAUGUGGUUUCUGGUUUCAGAAAGACCAGAUGUUCACGGGAUUGGCUCUUCAGAUGGCCAAGACCAUGGGGCUCAAUUCAGCCCCCGGAAAGCGCAACAGGAGGAAGACUUCCGAUCCAAAACGAUGUGUUUCUGACCAAGAAAGACUGAAAUUGUGGUAUUUGCUAUACAUUCUGGAUGGCCAGCAGGCUCUGGUGUUUAACAGACAACCCAUGAUAGAUGCUACGGAUGGAACUCUUGGUCUUGGAAUGUCACUUUUGGCCGGGCCUACUCAGGCUUUGGUCAAAGAUGGGACGGAACAUGAAAGCGAAGACGAAACCAGGAAUAAUAAGGCUGGAACCGAGACCCCAACCGAGACCGAAACUAAGAACAGACCAGAACCCACAGAAAUGGCAAAUUACUCAAACCUCCGUCUAGUCUCGCAAGUCGAGUACAAUCUUGCGAUAAGCGACGUGUUCAAAGGCGAUGCUUGGGACAUGAUGGCACCGGCUUCGUUUGGCAUACCAUUUAGAACAAACCUGGAGCUUGACAAGUGGAUGGUCCAUUGGACGGUGCUACUCUCACCCCUCCACGCCGGAUCGAUUUGGUCGUCGAAGUCUACUCUGAUCUACUACAAUUUCGCCAAGAUGCACAUAAACUCUUCAGCAGUGCGGAGUCUGCACACGGACGGUUUACAGUUUCCCACUCUGUCAAAGGCCGAGGGCUUCAUGGAUAAGAGGAUCGAAGAAGUGGACUCCGACGGUUCAGGCGACGAAAAUGACGAGGAUUUCAACGAGGAGGAUGAAGACGAUGAUGAGACCACUAAAGAUACUUUUACAAAGGAAUUGAGUCCUGGAGAGAGUAGAAAGGCGUCCUCUCAAUUGGCCAUCUCGGCUGCUCAGACAGUGUUGAACCUCGUUCUCGGAGACGAAGACAUUUUGCAUGCCCUGAAGUAUGUGCCCGUGCACAUACAUAUCAUGCUCUAUUAUGCCGCACUUUUGGUGCUGAACCCACCCGAAUAUCUACGGAGCUCGCUGCCGGCUAAGUCAGCCGACCUAGCGUCGUUCAGACUGGUCAAGAGACUCCGUGCGGUAAUUGCUUCAAAUACCCCGGUGGAUACCGGAUUUGCCUCGAAACUACUCGAGGCCUUUGACAGUCUGCUCUACGAGCGGUUUGCGCUUUUCAAACGGGAAUUUGACACAGCAACGAGUUCCGGAAAGUCUCCGGCUAUCCUCAAGACGGUUCUCGACCAGAUCGAAGUCGAGCUUCAGGCAGAAUCGCCCUCGGAUGGCGCUUUGAGGAAAGAUAAGCCGCAGAGAAUAUCUGCGUGGCCCGGAUCUGACCAUGGUCACCCGUGA